AGGUCGUGUGUGGUGGGCGUUAUCAGCACGUGGUUUGGGGAUAUGGGAAGGGAGAAGCUUUCCCCCAAAACGUCCAAUUCCCCCAAUUUAAGGUUUCAACACUCCUAAUGAUCCUUAAACGUCAACCACUCCCGCUCAAAACAACUCUUUGACACCUUGUCAUACGUGCAGCAUCAUUGCCGCAUAGUGUCUGAACAAAGAGCUAGCUGUUUACUCAGCCAGCACCACUACCUGGGAAGCCACGUUGGGCUCGUAUCCGCAACACAGAAAUCAAGCGCAUAGCACGUCAGCUGGCGACAACAAUCUUCGACACCCACCCAUCUUCACUCUAGGAGAGCACGACUGCCACUCGUUUCGGUCGCGCUUUCCUCGUUGUCUAGUGUCUGGAUACCUUCCAAAUAGUUCUUAUCAAGACAAUGCACUUUGCCUUUCCCCCAAGGAAACCCUCAGCGCAUUCGACAAUGUUCACCGCCCGCGCAUCAAAGGCGCCGCUAUUCCGACGGAGUCGGAUACAAUUCCUUGUGCUAUGUGCAUUAGGGGUUAGCACUCUACUCUUUAUCAUCGCGAAGAUUUUAGGCUUUGGGGGUGGUGCCCCCCCUGGAACUCCCCCGGUCGUGAUCAUCACGGUUAUAGACCCCGGGUCACAGAGCAAACAAUAUAUCGCCGAUAUCAAGGAGAAUCGUGAACAAUACGCGAAGAAGCAUGGAUAUGCGACUUUUUUCCCAACCGUCAACGACUACCCGCUUGGCGAUUCGCCUGUGUCAUGGUCGAAACUCCCCGCGAUGCGCCACGCCCUCACUAACUUCCCAUACACGGAGUACUACUGGUUCCUUGAUCAGAAUGCGCUCAUCAUGAACCCUAACCUCAAGAUCGAAACGCAUAUUAUGAACCCCAAACGAAUGGACGCCCUCAUGAUCAAAGACCAGUCCAUCGUGCCGCCAGACAGUGUCAUCAAGACAUUCAAGCACCUAAAGGGCCAACAAAUACAUUUCUCUAUCACGCAGGACAAAGAUGGUCUGGCGCCAGGAAGCUUUAUUGUUCGCAACGGAGACUGGUCAAAGUUCCUUCUGGAUACGUGGUUCGAUCCGCUAUAUCGCUCCUACAAUUUCCAAAAGGCAGAGAGACACGCCUUGGAACACAUCGUCCAAUGGCACCCAACCAUCCUGUCCAGGCUCGGCAUAGUCCCGCAGCACAUUAUGAAUUCGUACAGCAGAGCCCCCACAGCCACAACUGGGAAGACAGAAGUAUACAAGGAGGGAGAUUUUGUCGUCAACUUCGCUGGUUGCGAUACUACCACUCAACCGAAAUGCGAGGACGAGGCGAAGCCCUUUUCCAAGAAAUGGCGACAAGCUUUCAGUUCGUAGCGAUGGCGGCCCGAAGCCGCAGGUCGGCUGUAAUCAAGAGCGACCGGAGCAUACGAGUGAGUCCAAGAGACUCUAAUGAGCGAUGAUAAGAGUACGGUGGGCGUUAAGGGGCGUUGAAGACGGCAUUGAAUCAUUUCAUGUCCUUGCAUUUCACACUGGGGCCACGUCAAGAAUCAGUCAGUACGGGGAUUGUGCCAUUGGGGCGCUAUUUCAAAUUUCUUGUAUAUCAUUAAACGCAUUUCUGUGGGAGUAGGACAGAGCUGUCGGAGUCAAGUGAUAGAUACGUUUGUAGGGUAGGGUAUAUAUAAUGCUGGCCUCCUUUUUUGGGGCGCUUAACUUUAUUUUGUGCCAUUAGUGUGACUGAGUGGUAGUAGG